AUGACUUCGGAAAGCGGCUCCUUCGUGAAGGGGCUGGUGCUGGGCGGCGUCUUCUGCGCCCUGGUCACGCUGCUGGGGCACGUGCGCCUGGGCCCCGGCCCCCGCCAGCACGAGCAUCACCACCUGCAGGCGCCCAACAAGGAGGACGUGCUCAACCUGUCGGAAGGGGAGCGCAUGGAGCUCAGCCGCACCAUCCGCGUCUACUGCAUCAUCCUGGUGCGGCCCAAGGACCUGGGCCACUGGGCUGCUGUGAAGGAGACGUGGAGCAAGCACUGCGACCAGGCCGACUUCUUCAGCUCCGAGAACGUGAAGGUGUUCGACUCCGUCGUCCUCGACACGAGCGACAUGUGGGUGAUGAUGAGGAAAGCCUACAAAAUAACUUACGAGCGCUAUAAAAAUGAGUUCAACUGGUUCUUCCUCGCACACCCGACAACGUUUGCCAUUAUUGAGAAUCUCAAGUAUUUCUUGCUGAAAAAAGACCCCUCACAGCCCUUUUAUAUAGGUCACACCGUGAAAUCUGGUGACCUUGAAUAUGUAGAUGGUAAUGGAGGAAUUGUCUUAAGUAUUGAAUCACUAAGACGACUUUCCACCGUUUUUGAGGACACCGACAAGUGUCCAGAGCAAGGCGGAAUGAUUUGGAAACUUUCCGAGGAUAAACAGCUCGCCGUCUGCCUGAAGUACAUGGGGGUGUUUGCUGAAAACGCAGAAGACUCAGAAGGAAAAGAUGUCUUCAACACCAAAUCAGUCGGUGCCCUCAUUAAAGAGGCCAUGUCCAGCCACCCGGACCAAGUGGUCGAAGGCUGCUGCUCGGACAUGGCCAUCACCUUCAGCGGCCUGGCCCCCAACCACAUGCACGUGAUGAUGUACGGGGUGUACAGGCUCAGGCCCUACGGCCACACUUACAACGACGCUCCGGUCUUCUUGCCGCCUCCGGGUUCAGACAAUGAUUGA